AUGACUUCAAAUAUACAAGAAGUUUGCGGACGGAAAAAUUUGAAGCGCGGACUGAAAUCGCAGCAAUCUUUGUUUACCAAAGCUAAUACUGAACAAGAGUCUGCAACGUGCGCCAGCCUUCGUGUGGCUCUUGAAAUCGGAAAACGUGGAAAACCAUUCACCGAUGGAGAAAUGAUAAAAGAAUUCUUGAUUGCAGUAGCCGAAGAAAUAUGCCCCGAAAAAGUAAAUUUAUUUAAGUUUUUGGAUGAGUCAACGGAUGUGUCAGAUACUGUUCAAGUGUUGAUUUUUAUUCGCAUUUAUGAAGUGUAUGAAGAACUUCUUGAUAUUGAUAGUGUUUACGGCAUGACAACUGGGGCAGACUUUGAUGUCAUUGCGAAUGAAAUUAAGCUUUUUCGAAAUCCUUUUGAUUCUGACAUUGAAACACUGACUCUGGAAGACCAAAUAGAAAUUAUUGAAUUACAGUGCAGUGAUAUGAUUAAGAACAAAUAUGAAAAUUGA